UCUCCCAUCGUUCAACCAAACCCUACCCCGAUCGUUCAAUCCAGUUUGAUGAGCAAUAACAACAUCAAACUCACCUUAUCGAUCACAGGUGAAUUCACCGUAUUCAAAUGUCACGAAUCAAUAUUAACCCCACCCGUCGAUGCACCAUCUUCUCCUACGCUUCAAAAUUCCAUCAUCAUACUCUCUCACCAUGUGUAAGUUCAUCAACACCUCUACACUCCACCUAUUUCACUACCCUCAUGCUAAAUUUAUCCCACAAAUUGCUCAACUUCACACCCGUUUCACUUCACAACCCGUUUCCACAAAUGGGUUCUCGUUAUUUUACUUUAAUUCCCUCUUAUACUCCCGAAGAUGCCAGUGACGCAUUUGAUCAAACACCUGGUGGGCAUGUUUCAUAUAUGAGUUUUGAUGAUGAUCCACAUGAAAAGGUUCAUGAUUUUUGUUCUGAUAGUAAUCAAAUAGAUAAAAAACUUACCGGGUGUGUGCCAAUUUCAAGUAAUGGUGAGAAAUUGUACAAUAUUGUUAUAGAUUGUAAGCCUAAUAACCCUGAGAAUAGUAGAAUGGAGAUAAAUCUUAACGAAGCUGGCGCUCAGCUGACUACACCGUUGGUGAUCGAGGUUUUAGGAAGUCUUAGAUAUGUUGAAAAGUCAGCGUUUCGGUUUUUUACUUGGGCUGGGAAUCAAGAAAACUAUAGCCAUGAACCGCAGGCGUAUAACGAGAUGAUUGAUAUCCUGUCAAACACUAAAUAUAAGGCGAAGCAAUACCGUAUAGUUUGCGAUCUUUUGGAUUACAUGAAGAGAAAUGACAAAACGUGUGUGCCUGUUGAAGCAUUGUUAAAGAUUUUGAGACAGUAUGCCGAUAAGCAUUUGACUCAUCUUCAUAAGUUUGCAAAGAAGAAAAAAGUUGAGUUUAAAAAGAUGCAGCCCGAGAUAGACGCGUUAAACGUGUUAUUAGAUGCUUUCUGCAAGUGUUGUUUGGUUGAAGAUGCUGAAGCUAUGUAUAUGAAAUUAAAGAACAAAGUCAAGCCUAACGCUAGCACGUAUAACAUCUUGUUUUUCGGUUGGUGUAGGGUGAGGAACCCAAGUAGAAGUAUGCAAAUUCUCGAUGAAAUGAUCGCAACGGGCUAUACACCGGAGAAUUUCACUUACAAUACCGCCAUAGAUACGUUUUGUAAAUCCGGGAUGUUAUCAGACGCUGCCGAGCUUUUGGAGUUUAUGAAAUCAAAGGGUACACUCAUGUCUUCACCGACUGCCAAAACAUAUUCUAUCAUGAUCAUUGCAUUCGCACGUAACGAUAAAAUGGACGAAUGUUUUAAACUCGUUGAUGAUAUGGUGACUAAUGGCUGCCUCCCUGACGUUUCAACGUAUCGAGAAAUGAUCGAAGGGAUGUGUUCGGCCGGAAAAGUGAAAGCCGCGUAUAAGUUUUUGGAAGACAUGAAGAAAAACGGGUACCCUCCUGAUAUCGUUACGUAUAAUUGUUUUCUCAAGGUUCUUUGCGAUAAAAAAGAUAGCGAAGAAGCGGUUCGACUUUACAAGAACAUGAUUGAGGUCGGCUGUAAGCCGAGUGUCCAAACGUUUAACAUGCUAGUGAUGAUGUUCUUUAAAAUGGGUGAUCCGAAUAGGGCAUUUGAGAUGUGGCGUGAAAUGGAUGCCAGAAGAUGCGUUCGCGAUACCGCUUCGUAUUGUGUAAUGAUCGAAGGACUGUUUGGGUGUGAAAGAACGGAGGACGCUUGUGGUCUUUUGGAAGAGGUUUUGAAUAAAGGCAUGAAAUUGCCGUUUCAAAAGUUUGAUUCUUUCUUGAUGCAGCUCUCAAGCAUCGGUGAUCUACGCGCUAUUAGUAGAUUAUCUGAGCAUAUGAGGAAGUUCUACAAUCCUGUUAUGGCUCGUAGAUUUGCGUUAAAUCAAAAAAGAAAAAGUGUUAGUUUAAGAGGGAAAUGAUCUGCUAUAGAUUAUUUCUUCUGCUAAAAUUUCGAUCUCGAUCAAUGUAUCGAUUCGUGUGUGUUUGUUCUGCAAGUUCUUACUAUAAGAGUCAGAUUCUUUUGUAAUGUAUGAGGACUACUGGUGUUUUAAUUAGCGCAGUAAAUGAACCCAACGUUCAGCGAACAGUUCUUGAAUUG